AUGGAUCUUCCCACCGAGUUACACCUGCACAUAGCGUCGUUCCUCCCUUACCCCGAUGCUCUGGCUAUGAAACACACCUGUCGCCACUUCUAUGGCCUUGUCUACACCGGAGUGCAUCUGAAAGUUGACUGGUUUGUGGCACGCUUCGAGCGGAAGCUGGAAUGUCCAAUGGAGAAGUGCUCGUUCCGCACCGACGAGGCGUUCUGCAACAAGAGAAUUCGCGAUAUCAUGGAGCGCAGGAGACGCCAUCUUGAGUGCUCCCAGUCUUCGGGUGGCUGUCUGGUCAUUGAAGGCUCGACGUGCCAGAAAGAUCACGUUCCGAUCUGGUUAAAGAAACGGGGUCGUCUGGAGAAGCUUCGCUCUUUUGGCUAUGAAGUUUUUAUCUACGGGUUAAUCUUUCUCGUCGUCAACGUGCUCUGGAAAGUGGUUGCAAGGUGA